GAGAAGUUACCAGAUUUGUCUCUCAGUUGCAGCACAGUGGAAGUACAGUCAUACAGCGCGUGUGUGUAUGUGUGUGUUUGUCAUCACCGAGCGAAAAUCGUGAAUCAUCACUACGCUUUGGUCUAUGGUGGACUUGGAUUUUAUGUACAACAUGACAUUUGAGGAAUUAAGUGGGGAUUAUUCUCAAGAAAGAAUGGAUUCUGUGGCGAAGGCUUUGGAGGAGGUCCUCACUUCUGCGUUGCCCCAAGGCUGCAUCACCGUCGGGGUCUACGAGGCAGCCAAGUCACUCAAUGUAGAUCCUGAUAAUGUAGUUUUAUGCAUUCUGGCUACGGAUGACGAGGAUGUGAAAGAUGUGGCCCUUCAGAUCCACUUCACGCUCAUCCAGGCUUUCUGUUGUGAAAACGACAUCAACAUCCUGAGAGUGAACAACACCAGGCGCCUGGCGGAGAUCCUGGGUGGAGGAGGAGGGGCAAAGCAGAAUGGGGGUGAGCCCAUGGACCUGCACUGUGUCCUGGUCACGAGUCCACACUCGUCAUCGUGGAAGGACCCGGCCUUGAGCAAAGUGAACCGCUUCUGCAGGGAGAGCCGCUGUAUGGAUCAGUGGGUGCCCAUCAUCAAUUUGCCCGAACGAUGAACAAUCUUCCAAACGACAGAAAAGACCUAUGAAAGGACUGUUCUCUGCACAGGAAGAGUGGUGUGAACCCUGACGGACACAUUACCACACAGAGAUCAAAUUCCAUAGCUCUCCUGAUGGCACAGAAAAGCAACAUCUACGUUAAUGAAUUUGGAGGGGAAAAAAGACCCCACCUUCUAGAUGGGAUGUGUUUCAAAAUAAUAAAAAAAAAAAAGAUAGGAGGUGGAUUUCCACUGCGACAGGACUGUUGGGAGUUGUGGCUGUCAGCCUUGGCAACCAAGAUGAGAUGGCGAGGCACUUUCUAUGUAUCGUCAUAAGGUGGAAAUAAAAAGCGUCUGUGCUUCUUAAUGUGAAGAUGGACACCGUAUAGAAGGGUUGUAUCAUGUAUUUGUUUGGUAAAGCCUUUGUGAUACUCAGAAAAGUGGGGAGAAACUAGAAAAGUGAGCUGUUGAGUGGACCAAGGCCUAGGCCUCUCCCCACAGAAACAAAGCACUUGUUGAAACACUGGACAUUUGCAAUUUCACGCAUUUCAUUUAAAUUGUUGGUGUUGAUGUUGCUCUAGUCAAUAUUAUCUUAAAAGGGAAGGGCUAGAUAUCCAAUGAAGUUAUUCUGUGUUUUCAGUGUUUCCUAUGCCAACUGGUUUUUCCUACAAGUGAAAUAGUUCAUUUUUCUUUUCUUUUUUUAAACAAUUUAAGUUAUUUAUAAUGAUAUUUAAGUGUAUUUAUGUUUCAUUUUUUACUUUUACUAUUUGCAAAAUCUGAAUUCAGGACACAGAUGUAUUGUGGUCAAUAAAAAGUAUUUUUGGAGCCAGAA